UGAUCUGCUGGUAAUACUUUUUAUUUACCAUAGCGGCCUACCUUCAACAUGGCUGGCAACUUGUUUUUGGCAAGUUUGUUAAAAUAGAAGUACUGCUCAGAACAUGAGGUUUAAUUUGUCAUCGCAACACAAAACCUUCCAUUUAAAAAGACUGUUGGAUGAUGACUGUUCUUCAUAUCAGAUAGCAUUAUGGUUUUCUGGCUAAAUGCCAAAACACAUCAGUUCAGAUACUUUGCCAUAAAUGUAAGUGGAGAGUCAAUAGCCUCUGUUAUCUGAUCUAAAAUGAGCUUGCAAGAGCCUUUUAUGGAAAAGGUAGUGCUGUGUUUUAUUCAAACUCCCCCUCAAACUUUUCUUUGUCCAUCCAGAACCAACAUUUGGUGUCUAUUUUAAAUGGGAACGAAUGGACAAGACUGUUGAGAUUGGCUGGGGUUUUGAUUUGUCCUUUGAAUGACUUUGUUGAGGUUCUCUCAGUCAUCAUAGUGAUGAGGGCAAUGAAGAAAUAUAGUUUAUGUCUAGUGGGAUUCGAUCGUAGAUCUAUGCUGUGUUAUAUACUCUGGAAUGCUGACAGAAUUCAAACAGGAAAUUGCCUGAAUUACUUCAUUCAGCAUUUCAAACACUUGAAGCAUCAAGCAUCUGGGCUACAUCAAAUAUUAUUCCAAUGGCGGGUGGUGAACCUUUUAACUAUAUGUUCAGAGUUUCACCUCUGCUGUAAGUAGACUUUUAUGAAAAUAAAUCUUAGUUAUCAUAAAGUUUAAAAGUUUGAGGUAAUGCCAUUGAUAUGCAGAGGUUCCCUGUUUGUCUCUUGUAUUGACAGUAUGUCUUCAGUCUUGAGAACUGGGUUCUGACGAGUGUGCAGGGUGGAUACAGUGUGCUGAACACACUCAACCCCAAGGCACCCUCUAAGUUGGCAGCGACUUGCCCUCCAUACUGGAUGCUGUUCAGCAGUCCACAGCAGAGCAGGCUGGCUAGCCGCUGGAACAGUGACUUCUGGGUGCCCAAUCCUCGGCGACGCAGCCACAGUCUUAAUGCUACUCACUUCCAUGCUAUGAAUGAUGGAGUCACAUUCAACAUUUCCAAUUCGGAUGAUGAUGACUCUUAUGAUAAUCAGGAGUCUUCUUUCACAAAACCAAAAGGUGACAAUUCAGGCUCAAGGGGACAAAAGUUAGAUACGAAGGACCUACGCUCUCGCAGCUCUUCAUAUCUCAACCUACCAUCGUGUUGCGGUGUUUCCAAACAGCAGCACUCCUGUAUCCUUCAGUGCUCUCUACCAAAUUUGAAAGCACAAGGAAAGAACUUGUGGAAAAUGCAGAACUGCGGAGAUUCAUUUCAUGAGCUUACAGCAAGCCAACAACAAUUGACCCUUCGUCACACAACACCCAUUACACAGGUUAGAAAGUCUCCAGGCAUGAACUCCAGCGUGCCCCUGGCCCCCACGCUUUCCCUCGGUUCCCAUGUGACAGUCCAUGACUCCUCUUUGGAGCUGCUCUCAGCUCUCAGCCCUGAAGAACAGCAGCUCUUGGAGGCUGUAACUGAGCAUGGAUACCCACUACGGACAGCCAUCAUUGCCCUACAGAAAACAGGCCAUCUGUGCCCAGAGCAGAUCCUGAGUUACCUAGUGGCAAGUGAGCAUCUGUGUGAACUUGGCUAUGAUGAGUGUCAAGUAGAGGAAGCUCUGGAGAUGUUUCAGAACUGUGAGACAAAGGCCAAGGAGUUUCUUCACCUUCUCACGCAGUUUCAUGAGAUGGGGUUUCAGCAGAAUGCUAUCAAAGCAGUCCUGCUGAUGCAUGGGAACCACCGAGAUCGUGCCCUGGAAGAGCUUAUGAUGCAUGUCGCCUGAUCAACCCAGCCAUACAGUACAUUUUUUAUAUUGAUGUUGGAGUACACUUAAAGCUGAGAACCGUGGCCUUGAUAGAAGUUACUUGAUUGCGCUUUUAUGGAAGAAAGUUUUCUAUGCCCAAUGUAUCCCAUCUGGGUAUCUGAUUUUGUUCAUUCUGUAAAUCUAUUUAUUGAUUACAUAUCAUUUAUCAAUUGCAUAUUAAACAUACAUUUUUAAAUCAGGAACACACACACA